UUUUUAGUGGGCUUAUAUGUCAAAAUUGCAUUUCAUUCGCGAUCUUUCGUUUUUUGUGCUGGAAAAAAAUUGUAAAAUUAUCAUUCUGCCGCACUUUCCAGAAUUUACAGAACUCCGUGAAGAAUUUGGUGUUGUUCUUGUGUGGCAUUAGCAUAAGAUUGGAUAGAUUAAUUGUUGAUUCCUUGGCAAUCAGGGAUUGUUUUUUGGCUGAGGAGUGAAGAAGAAUUUUAGUGAUCACCAAAACAUGCUGUUUUAGGGAAUUACCGAAGUAGCUUAGAGAAGUAGUACGACCAUGGCCACAUUCGGAUGGGGAAGCACUGUGAAUGGGGAGCUGGGUCUUGGUGGCAUUGAGGAGGAUUUUAUUCUCACUCCUCGAGAGAUUCACUGGACAGGUGGUGCUGAACUGGAGCAGGCUGCCUGUGGAACAUCCCACACGCUCCUCCUCACGAAGCAGGGAAAGGUUUUCUCGUGCGGAAACAAUGAUUACGGGCAAUUGGGUCAUGAUCUCUCCCGGAAAAGGCCACGUAUGUCGUCCUUUAAAUUUGUCAGUUCCCUGGAUAACUACAUGAUAACGCAACUCUCGAGCGGAGCAAUGCACUCAAUGGCUCUCAAUGAGUGGGGCCAGGUGUUUACGUGGGGCUCCGACACACACGGACAGCUUGGCAAUGAAUUGGGAGCCGUCCAGGCAACACCACGCGUUGUGCGCUCCCUGAGCACGAAGCACGUCAUUCAGAUUGUUUCCGGACACUUUCACUGUCUCGCCCUGACGAAUAGCGGUGAGAUCUACGCAUGGGGGAUGAACAACUACGGGCAGCUAGGCAUUGGUCAGGGUCCUGAGAAGGUUUCCAAGCCCAUGCUCGUGGAAGCUCUGAGUGGGAUACCAAUUGCAUUUAUCUGCUGUGGAGCACAUCACAGCUUCGCCCUGUCCACGUCUGGAGCUAUUUUUGCGUGGGGAAAGAACAAUUUCGGGCAAUUGGGGCUGAAUAAUGAGACCCACCACUACUAUCCGCAACAAAUUCGCGGCUUACGGAGUCUCGGGGUGCGGCACAUUGCGUGUGGGGAUGAUUUCUCGGUGUUCCUCACGGCAGAUGGGCGGGUGUUUACGUGUGGCCUUGGGUCGUACGGGCAACUAGGUCAUGGGGGCAAUAACAAUGAGAUUACACCGAGAAUGGUGCUGGAAUUGGCCGGCAGUACAAUCACCCAAGUGUCCUGCGGGAGGAAGCACACGCUGGCUUUCGUACCGUCCAGAGGGCGUGUCUACGGCUUCGGGCUGGGGCAUUCUGGCCAAUUGGGCAUGUCGAAACCCAGAAAUGUUUCCAUUCCGCAAGUUGUUAACGGACCCUGGAUUUCAUCAGGGCCGGGAAUUAGGGAUGGCGAUGAAGGAGAUAUCGAUGGGCCUGGCAUGAAGAUUAGGCGAAUUUUUUCCGGCGGAGAUCAUUGCUUUGUUUCCGCAGUGGAGAAAUCCAGCAAUAUUUCAUCUUAUGAUUGUCGCAUUUAUGACGAAAAGACUCAAAUUUGCCAGCUUUCACUGGAGAUGGCGAGCUCUUUUAGUGAUUUAUCAAAAGACAGCAAUGUUGAUUUGGACGUGAUAUCAAUUCUGGAGGUGAUAUUCAAGAAUCAAUCAUGCCUUAAUGGUUCAUUUCUCAAGGAAAUGGAUGAGCACAGACCGUGCACAUCGAAGAAUCACGGUGUUGACAUUGCAAUAGCCGAGAGUGCUUUUGAGUACAUCCGGAAGAUUGAGAAUGAAACCAUAAAGGAUUUAAUUUGGGAGUCAAUUACAACGGAUCUAAUACAGAGUCUCAAGGCGAAACCGCCGGAUGUUGAGACACUCCGUAUUUACCUCAUUCUACCGCUCUACCAUGAAUUUAUUAAUUCAAAAAAUUACCCCAAACUCCACACACCCUUUUGCCAAGCUGUUCUCCGACUUACCGAAUACCCAUCGCGAAUUGUUCAUCGAUGGUGGGCUGAGCAGUCCGUGGAGUACUUUGAGCGACUCAUUGAGUGCUUCAAAGGUGUCGUGACGUACAUUGUGAACUUUCAGUAUCGCCAAGAGGAUGGCGCACGCCUUUUUAUUGGCUACGAAAAGAAUCUACAUAUGGCGCUGAAUCUUAUGCUCAAUCUCUUUGUGGCAAAUCACAAAUAUCGCACCGUGAAGGUGUCCUGCGAUGCAUUCUACAUCAAUGAUCUGCACGAAACGGUUGAUAUUCAAAAGGACUACGUGUCAUGGCUGCAGGAUAAGGAUUCAUCACUCUUCCAUCUCUGUUGUUAUCCAUUUAUCUUCGAUGUGGCUGCCAAGACUCUCUUGUUACAGACAGAUCAACGCAUUCAGAUGCACAAUGCAAUGCAGAGCGCCACAGCUGAGGGACUCCUGCAGAUGGUGGUUGGUGGUUCUCAAAUGCUAAAUCCCUUCCUUGCGCUCAAUGUGAGUCGUGAAAAUCUCGUACAGGACACAAUAAAUGAGCUGCAGAAGUACAGUGCGAAUGAGUACAAAAGGCCACUCAGGAUUAAAUUUCACGGCGAAGAGGCCGAAGAUGCGGGUGGGGUGAAGAAGGAAUUCUUCAUGCUACUCCUCAAGGAGAUACUCGAUCCGAAAUUCGGGAUGUUCAAGGAGUACGAGGAAUCGCGGUAUAUUUGGUUCUCAAAUACCUCCUUUGAAGGUGCUGGGAUGUACACGCUGAUUGGGAUCCUGUGUGGCUUGGCUAUUUACAAUUUUACAAUCAUUGACUUACCUUUCCCGUUGGCGCUGUACAAGAAAAUCCUGCAGGAAGCUGUGGAUUUGUCGGAUUUGAAGGAACUCUCCCCAACAGUUGGGGCAUCAAUGGAGGAAAUACUCGCAUAUGAGGGUGAUGACCUCGAGCAGGUGUUCUGUGUGACAUUCUCAAUCACCGAAGAGGUCUUUGGGGAACGCCGAACGGUGGAUUUGAAGCCAAAUGGAAGGAAUAUUGGGGUGACGCAGGAGAAUAAGGAGGAAUUUGUCAAUCUCUACAUUGACUAUGUCUUCAAUAGGAGCUGCAAGACACACUUUGAGGGAUUCGAUAUGGGUUUUCAGAAAGUCUGUGGUGGACGCAUAAUGCAUCUCUUCACAUCACGCGAGCUGAUGGCCAUGGUGGUGGGGAAUGAGAAUUACGAUUGGUUUGCACUGCAGGAGACGGCAGAAUACAGGAAUGGCUACUCGUCGAGCGAUCAGACAGUUCAGUGGUUCUGGGAAGUUUUUCACGAGCUCAGUCUCAAGGACAAGAAGAAUUUCCUUCUCUAUCUCACGGGAUCUAGUCGAAUACCCAUUCAGGGCAUGAAAGCCAUUAAGAUCUACAUUCAACCAACACCUGAUGAUCGUUUCCUCCCUGUUGCCCACACGUGCUUCAAUUUGUUAGACCUCCCGCGCUAUAGGACGAAGGAAAAAUUGAAAUAUAAACUCCUGCAGGCUAUUCAGCAAACCCAGGGCUUCAGCUUGGUCUAGAGGGGGCAUUCCUACACACAACACUUUAUAUCGAAGGGGCUUCUUCGAAAGUUCCUCGAUAGAGAGUUUUUACAUAAAUCACUUCCGGAUCAUUUCGUUAUUGUAUUUAAAAAAAAAAAAACAAGAAGUGGGACAAAUAAUGUUCAUGGAUCAAAUUAAAGAAAUAUUUUUCUCAAAA